UCUUUCCACACACAGGUCUGGUUACCUUCACAUCUAGAUCGUGCAAAAAGUCUCAUUUAUCGCCAAUAUGGUUGAGUGGAGUGAUUUCGAACGCAGCACCAUCCAGAACAUCUUUGCUAAUAUGGACUAUGACGUCGUUGGCCCCAAAGCCCUUGCCAGGUGUCUUGUCGUGUACCCAUGGACGCAGCGAUACUUUGGCAACUUUGGAAACCUGUACAAUGCUGCUGCCAUCAUGGGAAACCCAAUGGUCGCCAAUCAUGGUAAAGUGGUGCUCCAUGGAUUGGAUAGAGCCGUCAAGAACAUGGACAACAUCAAAGCAACAUAUGCUGAGCUGAGCGUGCUGCACUCCGAGAAACUGCACGUGGAUCCCGACAACUUUAGGCUGCUGGCUGACUGCCUGAGUAUUGUUGUUGCUGCACAAAUGGGAACCGCUUUCACCGCUGAUGUCCAGGCCGCAUUCCAGAAGUUCCUGGCCGUCGUGGUGUCCUCCCUCGGCAGACAGUACCACUAGAGACUCUACACCUCCAACAAGAAAGCAAAUAACCAUCUGAUGCUUUCUGUGUCUUUGCAGAUGUGUAUACGACGUUAAUGCAAAUAAAGGUGUCCGCAAAAGUA